UCCAACGUUCAAGCUACUUUUGGUGAAAACACUCACAGCCCUUCAAUUGACGAUUCAUUAUUUGAGCAGCUCAUAACGGGCGAAUUAAUUCGAGCUGGCCUUCAUCCGUCUUCCUCAUGGAGUAAGGUGAUUAUCGGGACCCUUGUGCGAUUAUACACAGACUGCGAACUCAGUCUCGCUUCUUCAAGCAAAAUGAAAUCAACAGAGAAAGCUGGUGGUUCUCCCCCAGCUACUGCUAUCGAAAGUGAGAAGUCUGUUAGUAAUUCUGCUUCCGACUCAACGAUAACUCCGCCAACGGCCAAGCAGCAGGGUUCCCGUCCUUCAUCCUCCCAUAAGAGUGAUAGAGGCAAUGAUAAUGAUGAUGAUGCUCUUUAUUCUCAUCUACCAGAACAUGAGAAGCAGAUCCUGAAGAAACAGAUCGAUGCGGACGAAGUGAAAGUGUCGUUCUUUGCUCUUUUCCGCUAUGCAUCUAGAAUGGAUAUACUCAUCAUGUUCAUAAGCGCGAUUUGUGCCAUCGCUGCCGGUGCGGCAUUACCGCUGUUUACUAUCCUUUUUGGUUCAUUGGCCUCAGCUAUGUCAAACAGGGUGGCAGAUCUUAUUUCAUAUGAUGAAUUCUAUCACCAAUUGACAAAGAAUGUCUUGUACUUCGUAUAUCUCGGUAUCGCUGAAUUUGUCACGGUCUAUAUCAGCACCGUUGGAUUCAUUUAUACUGGGGAGCAUAUCAGCCAGAAGAUCCGCGAGCAUUAUCUCGAGUCCAUCCUGCGGCAAAACAUGGCUUAUUUUGAUAAACUGGGUGCUGGUGAAGUGACCACACGCAUCACUGCCGACACAAACCUUAUCCAGGACGGUAUCUCUGAGAAAGUUGGACUUACACUUACGGCCAUCUCCACAUUUGUCACCGCCUUUAUUGUCGCAUAUGUCAAGUAUUGGAAACUGGCACUGAUCUGCAGCUCGACGAUUGUCGCCCUUGUGUUGGUUAUGGGAGGUGGAUCUCGCUUUAUCGUGAAGUACAGCAAGAAAUCCCUGGAGAGUUAUGGUGCUGGUGGCACUGUUGCGGAGGAGGUGAUCAGCUCCAUUCGGAACGCCACUGCAUUCGGCACUCAGGAUAAGCUUGCCAAGCAAUACGAGGCUCACCUGGCAGAAGCAGAGAAGUGGGGGGUCAAGAACCAACUCAUACUUGGCUUCAUGAUUGGCGGAAUGUUUGGUAUCAUGUUCUCCAACUAUGGCCUUGGCUUUUGGAUGGGCUCCCGGUUCCUUGUUAGUGGAGAGGUUGAUGUUGGCCAGGUCCUCACUGUAUUAAUGGCGAUUUUGAUAGGCUCGUUCAGUUUGGGAAAUGUCAGCCCGAACGCUCAAGCAUUUACGAAUGCUGUGGCAGCAGCUGUCAAGAUCUAUACUACAAUUGAUCGUCCUUCGCCAUUGGAUCCGUACUCAGAUGAAGGAGAGACACCCGAUCACGUUGAAGGCAACAUUGAGUUCCGCGACGUCAAACACAUCUACCCUUCACGACCUGAAGUGACAAUCAUGGAUGGCGUUUCCUUAACAAUGCCUGCCGGUAAAACUACAGCCUUAGUAGGCCCUUCAGGAUCUGGAAAAAGUACUGUUGUUGGGUUGGUUGAGCGUUUUUACUUUCCUGUCGGUGGCCAAAUAUUUUUAGAUGGCUACGAUCUUCAGAAGCUCAACCUUCGUUGGCUGCGUCGGCAAAUCUCGUUGGUUAGCCAGGAGCCUAUCCUUUUUGGCACUACGAUCUACAAGAAUAUCCAGUAUGGGCUUAUUGGCACGGAAUAUGAGAACGAGUCAGAUGAAAAGAUCCGUGAACUGAUCGAGAACGCGGCGAGAAUGGCCAAUGCUCAUGACUUCAUCAGUGCUUUGCCAGAAGGGUACGAGACCAACGUCGGCCAGCGCGGAUUCUUGCUAUCUGGUGGUCAAAAACAGCGGAUCGCCAUUGCCCGUGCCAUCGUCAGUGACCCAAAGAUUCUUUUGCUUGAUGAAGCUACGUCUGCAUUGGAUACCAAAUCAGAAGGUGUUGUUCAGGCUGCUCUUGAUAAAGCUGCAGAGGGUCGAACCACUAUUGUUAUUGCUCAUCGCCUAUCGACUAUAAAAACCGCCCACAAUAUUGUUGUCUUGGUCGAUGGCCGAAUUGUAGAACAGGGCACACAUGAUGAACUGGUCGAUCGCAAGGGUACCUACAAUAACCUUGUAGAGGCUCAGCGCAUCAAGGAAGAGAAGGACGCAGAAGCUCUGGAUGAUGAGGUUGAAGAUGACGACGAGCUACCCAAAGAGCAAAUGUCUCGUAUUAAGACUGCUGACAGUGGUUCGGCUUCUUUUGUGGACGUUGGAGACGAAAAGGUUUACUCUGGAAUCGGACGUUCUGCCACCCACAAGUCGGUAUCAAGCGCUGUUCUCGCCAAGAAGAACCCGGAAAAAACCCGCAAAUACUCGUUGUGGGGGUGGUCAACCCACCCAGCAGUCCUUUACGCUAAAGCGAUCAGCUCACUCUCCUUGGGUGCAGCAGGUCCGAGCGCGUAUGGCAAGCUUCGUCAUGAUGCGAACUUCUGGUCUCUGAUGUUUUUUGUCGUUGGCAUUGCUCAAUUUAUCAGUCUUUCUAUUAAUGGUGCCGCAUUCGCUGUCAGUUCCGAGAGACUCAUUCGCCGUGCGCGAAGCCAGGCUUUUAGAACGAUUCUUCGUCAAGACAUCACCUUCUUUGAUAGAGAGGAAAACAGCACUGGCGCCCUAACUUCUUUCCUAUCAACCGAAACAAAACAUUUGUCAGGUGUCAGCGGUGUAACGUUGGGCACAAUUUUAAUGACUAGCACCACCCUUGGGGCAGCAAUUGUGAUCUCCCUCGUUAUCGGGUGGAAACUAGCCUUGGUCUGUAUUUCUGUUGUCCCAGUACUUCUGGCAUGUGGAUUUUACCGUUUCUACAUGCUUGCUCAGUUCCAGCACCGUUCCAAAAUUGCCUAUGAAGGGUCUGCGAGCUACGCUUGUGAAGCAACCUCGGCUAUCCGCACUGUGGCCUCUCUCACCCGAGAACGGGAUGUGUGGACAGUAUAUCACACCCAGCUGGAAGCUCAGGGGAAGAAAAGUCUAAUCUCUGUUUUGAAGUCAUCAAUCCUUUAUGCCUGUUCACAGGCCCUGGUUUUCUUCUGUGUUGCGCUCGGCUUUUGGUAUGGUGGCACCCUCCUUGGGAAACAUGAAUACUCGGUCUUCCGCUUCUUCGUCUGCUUCUCUGAGAUCCUCUUCGGUGCACAGUCUGCGGGGACUGUAUUCUCCUUCUCCCCAGACAUGGGCAAGGCGAAGAAUGCCGCAGCUGAAUUCAAAAGGUUGUUCGACAGGAAACCGGCUAUUGAUACAUGGUCGGAAGAUGGCGAGAAGCUAGAAUCUAUGGAAGGUUCAAUUGAGUUCCGUGACGUGCAUUUCAGGUACCCGACUCGUCCCGAACAACCAGUUCUCCGGGGUUUGAAUUUGACCGUGAAACCCGGUCAAUAUGUUGCUCUCGUUGGUCCCAGUGGAUGUGGAAAGAGUACUACUAUUGCGCUGCUUGAGCGUUUCUAUGAUGCUCUGUCUGGAUCUGUUCUUGCAGAUGGCCAGGACAUUACCCAACUCAAUGUUAAUUCUUACCGAAGCUUUUUGUCACUGGUUAGUCAGGAGCCGACCUUGUAUCAGGGGACUAUCAAAGAGAAUAUCUUGCUGGGCGUUGAUCAAGACCAUACUCCGGAAGAGGCAGUGGUUAAGGCAUGCAAGGAUGCCAAUAUCUAUGAUUUCAUCAUGUCUCUUCCGGAAGGAUUCAACACCGUGGUUGGCAAUAAAGGAGGCAUGUUAUCUGGUGGGCAAAAGCAACGAGUUGCUAUUGCCCGCGCCCUUCUCCGUGACCCUAAGGUCCUCCUUCUAGAUGAAGCCACCUCGGCUCUCGACUCCGAAUCCGAAAAAGUUGUACAGGCAGCGCUGGAUGCCGCCGCCAAGGGUCGAACUACAAUUGCUGUUGCUCACCGACUGAGUACCAUCCAGAAAGCCGAUGUUAUCUACGUGUUUGACCAGGGCAAGAUUGUCGAAAGCGGAACACACCAAGAACUGGUCCGUAACAAAGGCCGUUACUAUGAACUAGUCAACCUACAAAGUUUGGGCAAAGAUCACUAA